AUGAACGAUACGCCUUCAACAUCGUCCGACUCCGAGGAGGGUUCUACAUUGGACAACUCUGAGGAGGGUUCUACAUUGUCCGACUCUGAAGAGGGUUCUACAUUGUCCGACUCUGAAGAGGGUUCUACAUUGUCCGACUCUGAAGAGGGUUCUACCAUGUCCGACUCUGGGGAAGCUUCUACGUCGUCCGACUCUAAGGAGGAAGAACACUCCGAUACCUGCAGCAGCGACGACAUGAACGAAGACGAACGACAGUACUACGAAGACCUUGCGCUAAACCCACGUCAGCCCCCGUCAUUUGACCGCUUCCUCGAUCUACCAAAGGAGCUGCGUCUUAUGAUCUACGAAUAUGCCGCGGAUUGCCGACGUCGCUUUCGAUUCGUGAAUCGAAACGUUGCCAUCACAAACUACAAAUCCAUAACGCCCAUCCAUCUCACGUGUCGAGCAAUUUGUGGGGAGGCUGCACCUCUGAUGAAAUCUAUCGUUGAAGCACAGCGAGUCCUCCCGCAAGCAAUGCGAGUCCCCCGUAUCAUCGUUAAUGGAUUGAAAUGCGAUGGAUUGGACGAUAACAGUGAGGUUAUCAGCAAAAUUAGUAGCGUGUGCGAAGAAGCCAGAUCAAAGAAAGUCAGCGUAAUAGAGGUGGACAUUAUCAUGCGGGAAAGGGAUGAAUGCGAAUAUGGUGAAACGUACUGGUCAUACUACGAAUACUGCGAGCGAGCAUGCGAGGUCUUUGCCAACUUUGCCAACUCCGCGGCCAUGUAUUUCGCUCGGCACGAUCAUACGAACUCUCCUUCGUCAUCUUUUCCCCGAUUGUCCAAUGAUGAGGUCGUAGUGUAUGUCGCGUUGGUAGAUACUCCGAUUGAAGAAACUUCGGUUCUCAAAGACAUAGGAUACGAAAUGCAACAGCAUGUCGGUCCGUGUAUGGACUCUACCGAGGACAUCCAAUGGGAAUACUCGGUCAUUGGGCCCGAAAGAUGUGACAAUGAAAAGCACAGAGUCGUCCUGUAUGAUGUAGGGCGGGAGCCACGGGAAUGGUACCAAAGUCCUCUUAUUAAUGUCUACUACGGUGGCGUUAUUGAUGAAGAAACAUGGGAGCGGGACUGGACAUAA